CUAAACGGGUCUUUUGCCCUCUGUCCGCCGCCGUGUCCGCGUGUCAGUAAUUCAUAUUUGAAAUUUUGAUAGUUCAAAUAUCAACAAGUUAAUUUCAUUAAAAAUGUUGAUUUUCAAAGAUAUUUUUUCGGGUGAUGAAAUGUUCUCCGAUACUUAUAAAUAUAAAUUAAUAGAUGGUGUCUUGUAUGAAGUGUACGGCAAACUGAUCACGCGGAAACUUGGUGACGUACAGUUAGACGGUGCCAAUCCUUCGGCUGAAGAAGCUUCGGAAGGAACAGAUGAAAUUGUUGAAAGUGGAGUCGAUGUUAUACUUAAUCAUCGUCUGUGCGAAACCUAUGCAUUCAAUGAUAAAAAAUCAUUUACAAUGUACUUGAAAGAAUACAUGAAACGGUUAGUCGAUAAAAUGAACGAAAAUGGAAGCACAGAAAUAGAACUUUUUAAAACGAAUAUUAAUAAAGUCAUGAAAGAAUUAUUAGUCAGAUUUAAGGAAUUUCAAUUUUUCACUGGUGAAAACAUGGAUAUUGAGAAUGGUAUGGUGGCAAUGCUUGAAUAUAGAGAAAUUGAUGGAGAUAAUGUACCAGUAUUGAUGCUCUUCAAACAUGGACUCGAAGAAGAGAAAUUCUGAAAAUACUUAUUAAUACUAUUCAAUAAUGUUAUCUCUAAUGAAUGUGUUUACAAAUAAUAAGCUUUUAACAACUUUUUACAA